AUGCCCACGUCGCUGAGCUCGCUGAGCUCGCUCUGCACUUGCGGAUGCUUCUCGGGGUGGACUCGGCUGACCGCGACAACCUCCCGAGCCGUGCCCGAUUGCUCCCCCAGCUGGGGCCCGUCCCCAGAAGUCGAUGAGAUUCCAUCACAUGAUCGGCCACGGGUUGGCAGCUGGGCAUCACCGGUACCUUCAAUGCCAGCGCCGUGGGGGACCUGGGAGAUGGAGAUCAAUGAGGGUCCCAAUUCCUAUGAGAACCGCACCAGUCACAAUUUGGUCCUCAAGCUGGAGGUGCCUGGCACCGACAGCCACCGUGGCCCCAAAGGAGGUCCCAAAAAGGGCCCUAAAGAGCCCAAAAAGCCAAGGAUCAGUGAGACGAGUUUCACAGCUCAGCCUGGGAGGCUUCAAGAGGUUGGGAUUACAAGGACCAAUUCACCUCCAAGCUUCAUGGUGGAGCAAUUGUUAUCCUCGCCUGGCAGCCUCCCACAAGGGCUCACUCAAGAGGAGAGCGACAAGCAGAUGGAAAGGAAUGUGGACAAGGCCUUGCAGAACUUGCCGAAGUCGAUCAACGAGCGUAUUGCGAAAAGCCCACGACGGCUUUUGGUACAACGGAGCCCGCAGGGACAACGCCUGCGGCAAGGGAUUUUGAGAGGUGCCACCAUUGCCUUCAUCACAACGGGCUACGAAGGGAAACGCUUCAUCUAUGAGAAGGCAUACGAGCUGGGCAUUCGCAUUGUCCUCAUCGACAGCCCGACCUCCUGGUGUCAAACUCUGGUGGAAGAGAAAAAGGCCGUCAAGUUCAUUCCAGCAACUUGCACGAAAUCAGACUGGCGGGCUAAAAAACAUAUAAAGCAAUCGCUGUCCAGACAUGUACCGAUCCGAGCCACUCGAGCGAAGGUGGAUGGUUUAGCGACCUUUGCUGAGCUCUCGGUGCCCUUGACCGCACGCUUGGCGGAGCUGCUGGGCUUGCCAGGGCCACAGCCGGAUGCCACAGACAAGGCGCGCGACAAGGCCGCCACGCGCCGGGCCAUGCGGCAGAACGGGCUGCCCACGCCGCCGGUCUACGAGAUUCGCUGUGAUGCCGAUGUGGAGAAGGCUGCCGAGGUGGUGGGCUUUCCGGCCGUGCUGAAGCCUGUGUCUGGAGCUGCCUCUGUUGGAGUGAAGAAGGUGUGGUUUCAGGGCCGCUUCAAAUGGUGA